CUCUGAAAAAAUGGCUCAUUGGGUUCGCUAUCUUCACUUGCAGCAAGCUGUGCUGAUGCUCUUUAUUUCAAACGGAUGCUUGCUGAUUGGAGUCAAGAGCGGCGCAUUGAAAUACGUGGAAUCCCGGCUCAACUGGGAGAAACAGAUUUCGGAUCAUGGGGAUCGUAUGCGUCAAUUUUCACCGCUCGUCGAACCAUCUCCGGACCGAUCCUUGGCCCGCCAAUACCUGGUACCAUCGAAAUCGCAAAGGCAGAUGGAACCCCAUACGCAAGACUCAGAAAAGACAUCCAAGAAAACUCACGAACCUGAGUCCCGCUCUCUCGGUACACAUUCUAUCUUUGGCCGAAUGUCACCGCAUGACUUUGAACGGUAUCGCUUAGAUCAGUCACAGCGAUCGCGUGCCAUGACCCAGCGGCUGAGUUCUCUCAAUAGAAACGAGCAGAACCAUUUCGAACGACAAACUGACACCCCUACUGAGCCUCCACCGGAAAAAAUUGUUCCCCCGCUUUUCCCAGCAUCUGUUCAUCCCAAACCACCAUUCUUCGUUCGCCGAAUGCCAAGCGAUGAAUUCCGUGACGCCAUCGACAGGAGACAAUUGUUCGAUCCCAAUAAUCCUGGAAUUAUCGACAACCCCGGAACCCGUCCACCACCGGAAUCUCUGAAGGAAUGGCUCAAGUAUCCGUUGUCGGAUGAGGAAUAUUAUCAGCAAGUAGGCUUGAUACCGGGUGGCAUAUUUCCGGCAGGCUCAAGUCGCUAGUACAAUGGGCAAACCAGUAUAAGAGCCACGGGAACCGGAAGUUAUUAGUCUACGAUUUGGGAGACGUAUGGACUCUCAUUAUUUUUUCAAGUUCAUCGUGCUAAGUAUGAACGUAUGAAACUGUUUAGAUGAUUAGGUUGUGGUCGGUGUAAUGGUGCUACACCGAAUGAUAUAAUGAGAAAGAAUUUUGUGGCUGCAGCGUUAUUCUUGAAAAAAUAUAAAAUGAAAAAAAACAUAAGCGAAAAACGUUUUGUCGCGUUGUAUCAUUCCUGAUUUUGCUUUAAUCUGACGGCCAAUAAUUGCACACGAUUAACAUGGUAUGGAGAAUAAUUAAUACAGGAAAAACUUGUGUAUCUUGAGUUACAAAUUAAAUAGAAUUGCCGGUAUGAACACUCAGUAUCGAGGUGAAUAAUAUUAGUUUCAAUUCCAGUACAACUAACGUCAUUGAAGUGAUGAAUAAUUUAUAACAAUUCUAUUCUCCUGACAACUGGACCCUCAAACAUGUUACAAAUGGAUUUUGACGGGACUCGGGUAUGUUAUAGAGGUAUUUGCCCUAAGUACCAGGCUAACGGGAAUUUAUUCACUACGGCUUAGUUUCCGCUUUUAUUUUUUUUUUUUUAUACUUUACUUUUUCUCGUUCACGUAUCCAAUCUUAAUAAAUAUCAAUAACGAACAUUGCAUAUUACAAAGUUGCGGGGAAAAAUAUUGCCAGAUCCCGAGAUCACCGCGGGAGUUUGUCGGACAAACCGACAAAUGGACAUCCAGAAAGACAUUUUUUUAAAAACCUGUUGGUCGGAUUACUAGAGGUCCGAAAACGUAAAGAUUCGUUGAAAUUAGAAAGAGUGAAUUUCGACCAAAACCAAUACUUUCCUUACAUCAACGAGGGUGAUGGAGAGUAAAAACUAAUGUCGUACGAAAGUCGUCGUAGUGAAUGUAAUUGGAGUUUAAGAAAAUUCUGACAAGUCUCAAAAUAUCAAAGUUUCACUAAUUCACUACACAA